AGACAGAACAAGCUGAGUGUUACCACAACCAGGAUUGAACAUGGAUCCAUCGAAGUUCUCCAACUUCACUAUUGAUUACAUUCUAGGGGAAAGGACAGGACCUCACCCAGACCAUUCAACAGCAUCGCAGGAAGAUUUUAGUAAAGCGAGCCUGCCUUCAGGGAGUGGAUUUCACGGUCAUACUAGCGGCGUGGCAGUGAUGGCUUUUCCUGCGUCCUGCCAGUGCAUGUACGACACAGCAACCUGCUAUAACACAUUCCACUGCUGUGGUCCUGUCACAUGCUAUCAGACCAACUUUAACAUGGGUUACUGCGGGGAUCACUGGAUUCAUGCCCACCCAGAUUACGACAAAGAAGAUAGUCAUCAAAAUCUUCAGCACAGACACCGAAACCGCAUCAGGACAGUGUUCACCGAAAGCCAAGUGAAACAGCUGGAUCAGCUCUUCCACAUCACCGACUACCCUACUGCGGAAGCGCGCGCACAACUGGCGAGAAAUACGGGCCUCAGCGAAGAGACAGUCCGGGUGUGGUUCAAAAAUCGCCGGGCUCGACGCAAAAGGCAGAAAAACUCAAAUGAGUCACCAGAGCUUUAAACAACUUUCAUUUAUCUUAUUUUAUUUACAGCAGAAUAUCUGUUUUAAAACAAAAUAAAGCCUUGAUG